AUGAACACGAAAGAUCUUGCCGAUGCGGCGCCCGCCACUGUGCGAAGCCUCCAAUCCUUCGCAUCUGGUGCACCGGAGUGCAUUCCACUCUUCCUGAACCGGCUCUCUGACGGCAGCCUUCUGCGCAUGGCGGAUCAACUAAGCCACACAGAUAUCGCUCGAUUGGUAAGAAGGUACCCUGAGUCCGCUGCAAUGCUGCUGGACAUGGCCACGGUCAAAGCCAGAGCCACGGAUCCGGAGUGGCACCCGCUACCGCAGAGGGUGCCUUUCAGGCUUGAGUUCCCGAAAUGGCACUACAAGAUCCUCGCUCGCGAGCGUGUGCGCAGUUUUAACUACUCGGAUGUCCCACAUCUCGAUGCAAACAUCCGGGUCUGCCACGUCCCUAACAUCAUCUCCCCCAAUGUCUUCGCAGCCCUCAUCUCUUCCGUGCGGCUGGGGGAUGUGGGUCUCUGCCUCUACGAGUCCAGUACGCUACGGGCCGCAGUGUCCUACACCUUCGACCAUGGCGCCAUGUGGUUUGAGAUGCUUCAGUGUCUGAUCUCCGUCUGGGGCCUGAGCCUUCUUGUGUUGCAGACCUGCUUCAACCAUGAGCGAGUGGUUGGACUUGGGGCGAGCUCCCUUUACUAUCGGAUGGAUGAGGGCGUAUUCGAUCCAAGCCUGACAGCCGCCAACCACAGAGAUGGUGUUGUCGCCGACUGGAUGAUUGCAAAAGGCUUCGUGGACCUCUGCCUCGAAGUUGCCGAAGUCUUUGGCCGAAUCCGCACUGGAGAACUCCGAGGCUACUUUAACAUUGGCAACGCCUGGGACCUCCUGCGCAGCAUCAUCCCCAUAGCCUUGCUGGCCUUCCACUCCGAGCGCUGGCUACAUCUUUUGGUCGUGCUGAUCUACUGGAUGCGCCUCUUGGAGAGCGUCAUCUUGAGUGAGUGGAUCGGCUGUGCACUCUUGCCUUUGCAGAAGCUCUUGAUGGGCCUUCUGCCUGCCUUGGCCUUCACCGUCGUCUGCUUUGGUGCGCUGACCCACGCGAUGUACACCGUGCAGGUGACGGCAGACCACCUCUGGCCAACGACGGUCUUCCGCACUUUCGCCACGCUGAUCACGCAGGGCCUGCCUGAGCAUGAGCCGGAAGACGGCCUGGAACUGCUGGUUCUCUACGGGGGAGUCCUCUUCUUCUCAAUCUUCGUCUUAAACAUCUUCAUCGGUGUCAUCGAUGAGGAGUACAAGAACGAGAAGGAGCUUUCCCAUCUCAGGUUUCUGGGCCUCCGAGCCAGCUCCUGCCUCACGUACCUGCUCCGUGUCCGGGUGAUUCCCUGCAGACUUCUCGGCGCCAAGGCCGCUUUUGGGGCGGCCUUUGCUGCAAUGAUCGCGGCGCUCACGCUGCAAGUCUCGUCGAUUUUGCUGGGGCGCCGCCUUGCCGGGUCCUGUCAGCUCCUGGCUUUCCAGGCUUGCCAGCUGAUCAUCUUCCUCGCUCCCUUCCA